AUGUUGAGGGGUAAUCGAAAGGCUGUCGAACAUGUUGUUGGUGAAAAUGCGAAUGCUGUUAAGACAAACAAGGCGCUACAACAUUGGCAACGCUUCACUGCAAAGUUUACUAGAAGGAAGGUAUGACUAAUUUCCACUACUUUGUAAUUUUUUUGAACUUUCUUUUUUCUUGUUUCUACUGCAUUAUAAUACUAGGUUGUUCGAAUAAUAAUGCUGUGCUCCAUAACCGCGAGAAUUUGCUAUAAGGGGGGACAGAGAAUUAUUUGAAAAGCCUAAUAUGUAUAACUGUAUUUCAGUGUCAAUGUAAUCAAAGUAAUGUGAGUUUUAGAAAUCGCAAUUUCAACCGUUACUAGACGACCCCGUCUUGUUACCUACAUGGAAGGAUUCGCCUGCAAAACUGACUGGUAUAUUUAUUGUACGACCGGAUGGAAAGUUCCAACUGACUCGUCGGUACUUUGCAAAAGCUUCAAAAGGUUGUUUGAAAUUUUAUAAAUGGCGCGAAAUUAACGGUUCCUUGAAGGAUGAUCUAACUCCCGAAUACAAUAUGCAACUAGAUUCUGUAGGUUAUUAUACGAUAAUUUAUAUAAAGUUUCAAGUGAAAGGGACCAGGCCAAUCUUAAGAUUUCUCCUAGCAUAUUUGAUAUAUCUAAAAUAGGCACUAGGACAAAUGCGGAUUUUGGACAUUUGCGGAUCUGCGGUUUUUAAACAUUUGCGGAUCUUCGGUUUUUGGACUCUUGCGGAUUUUGGACAUUUGCGGAUUUUUUAAAGGGGGUUUUUUUAUUUUUUAUUUAAUUUAGUUGUAGUUUGGUAUUAAAUGGUACUAAAGUUUAAAUUGGCACUGUCUUACUAUUUUUUAAUGUUAAGUAGUACUAAAUUUUUAAUCGGUACUGUUUUUAUAUUUUUGGUACUAAAUAGUACUAAAAGCCCAAAAAGGUACUGUUAUGUUAAAACCGUACUAAUUCAAACUUUAGCACAAUUUAGUACCAUAAUACUACUAAAUUAACUAAAAAAUAAAAAAAAACCUUUAAAAAAUCCGCAAAUGUCCAAAAUCCGCAAGUGUCCAAAAACCGAAGAUCCGCAAGUGUCUAAAAACCGCAGAUCCGCAAAUGUCCAAAAACCGCAUUUGGCUGUGCAUUUGUCCUAGCGCCCUAAAAUAUGGUUUUGUUUGUUUUUUACAAAAUACGGAUGCUUCUACCGAUUUUUAGUUUUGAGUAGGCUAUGCCAUAACGUUUUGGUUGAUACGGACAAAAUUUUAGCUAGAUCAAAUCUUGUGCAACGAUGUCAGCAAAAGGUUCAUUUUGUGUUUUCCAAAUGGAAAUUAUCAACUACGACCGGUAGAGAAGGACCAAUAUUGCAGGUGGAAGAUCGCUCUACAACAACAUCGUGUUUAUGCCAGAAAUCAAAAGCAAAGGAAUGAAGGGUAGGUUCAUAAUAUCAGAAUGAAGGAGAGAGGUUUGUAAAAUCUUUACUUGGUUAAUAUUAUUGGUAUUGUCGAGUUUAUAGGUUUUUUACAGUUGUUUUAGUAGUUAGAACGAGUUACUUUGGUUUGAAAGAUGAGGUGAAACAUUUGCUUUAAAAACAAGUAUCUACUAGAUAUCUAGUGAUAUAAAGCAGUUCAAAAUCAUUCAAAUUUUCUAAUUUUAAGAAGUGUAAAAGAGUCAGUGAAGACGCCAAAGUCUGUCAAAGAGAGGGAAAUGGAGACUGCCAUCGAAGCUUCUGAAAAUAAAAUUCAGUUUUUACUAAAGGAUUUGGACCAAGCUUACCAAAACUGCUUAAAGAAAGGAGAUUUUACCGAGUUUGGCACGAAGUAAGUUAUUACAUGUAAUAAAGUGACAUCACAAUCGUUUUAAAAUGCAUUUUUAUUAACAUGUAAAAUUGAAAACAUUGUUGUUAGUCUAUUUUUAGGUUAUAUUUCAAAGAUUUCAAUGCUUUAAAAAGCUGAAGAAAUAUAAAGAAUGGUUAAUAUAGAGAUACUGUGGCUAUUUCUGAUAUGUAUUUUAACGUUGUACAUGAAAAACUAGUUUACACAUUAAUUUUUUUAGGGUUUACGAGAGUAUUAACGCAUUCAAAGUUUUUGUGGAAGCGAAUCACAAAUCGCAGCAGAGAUCGAACGAGUUAUUGUUGAAUUUAAUUGAAAGACAGUCGAAAGAGUGCAAAGAAUUGCUUCAGGUGCUAGAAACCAACACAAAGGUUAUCGUGGAGUCAUGUGGUAAGUGGUGGUUGGAUGAGUAUUUUUUAUAGAGGGGCAUUUUAAGUAGGGUAAAGGUAAAAAAGUUAAAUUUAAAUUUUAUGAGAUGGUAAACGUAAGGUUGGUUAGAAUAAGGUAGGGUGCUGCACCGUGAUGUAGAGGAUGGGGAGGGAGAGAUAAAGCAUGUUAGGAUAUGACAAAGUAAGAUAAACUAGUGAAGGUUAGUUUAUGAUAAGCUAGGACAGGAAAGGGCGUUUUGCUUCAAAUUGGCCUACAGUUUUUAAAUUUCGAACUUCUUAUAUGGUUAUUUUUAGAUGAGUCAACACUAGUACCUCCUCCUAGCCCAUCGGAGUGUCAAGAACCGGAAGAAGUGGUGGAAUGUGAACCAUCUGAAAGUGGUAAUCUAAUGUCUUUUGCUUAAACAUUUUGAUUAUUUCUCUCUUUUAAAGAUUAAAAAUUAAAAUUUAAUUUUUUUAAUUUUUAAAUUUAGAACUUAAGCUUCAUCCAGCGUUUGAACCGAUCAGAAACCCAAGAAAGUCAUUGCCAGCAAGAGAAUGCUUUGGAUCAGCCAUACCAAUAUCAGCAAUCUUUAGACAAUCUUACCCUGUCUUUGCGUAUCAGCCUUUAGGGAAGCUUCAGGUAAGUUUUUGAAUCAUAAUUUUUAUUAAAGAUAAAUAUGUAUUUUAAUCUUGAAAAUCUACCAUCAACGUACUUAACAUAAGUCUAUAAUCUGACUUCUAGGUCCUAAUCGAAGGCCUCCGUUACGCCGCGCCCUGCCUCAAUCGUCUCCACAAGAUUGCCGAGCCGGCCGAUCGUAUGUGUAUGGUAGCAGCGAUGGUCGUGAGUGUUUGUUGCGUAACAAUCGAGAAGAAUCGACGCCCAUUCAGUGCCAUUUUGGGCGAAACUUACGACUACAUUAGUCCGGAUGGAUGGAAGGCCUACGCGGAACAGGUCCAACCUCAAAUGUCGGCCGUUCAUGCCAGUGGAGAACGGUGGGAAAUGUACCAAAGUGUUGUGACUAAAAUAGAACCAACAUUGAGUGGAACUGUCAAGAUUGUACCACAUGGUUCGGUGAAAUUGAAGUUGGACAAUGGUGAAGAGUACUCUUGGAAUCCGGUAGGACGGAUUAGAUGAAUAAUUUUUAGUGGGGGGGGAUUUCAUAAUUUUAUCUAGAUAAAAACAUGUCGAAGUCACCCACCCGCUUAUAUAAUAGCAAUGACACCGUCACUGAUAAAAAUAUUUUAGGUAACAGUUGUAUGUCUCAACAUACGAGGGGAAGCCGAAAAAAGAACUGUCAAGACUGCCGGUGAUAUGACUAUCACGUCCAGCAAUGGUGUCAAAUGUAAAAUGACAUUUUAUGAGGACAAAGAUGCGGUUAAAGGAGAGGUUGUUCAAGAUGGAAAGAUGGCUUACAAACUGGUCGGUUGCGUUUCGAAAGGCUUGAAUAGGUAAGAAACUCUUUUUACUUUACUGUGCCUAAACCUCUGCAUUAACUUGCUCUGUCCUAUUGAACAUUAUCUUAUCUUACCCGUCCAUGAUACCUUAUCGUAUCCGGCCUAUGUAGCUUCUUUUAGCGAAUCUAGUGUUAUAUAGUUUUUUUAAUAACAACUCAAGCUUCAGAAUCACCAAAUCGAAUGUUCAAGAACGUCUGUUUGAGGCGAGUAAGCCAGACCCUGACAUGUUUGCAUUUUACCGUAUGAACGCAGUUUCGAUGACAAUGAACCAAGUAGAAGAUCAUAUGAAACCUUAUAUACCACCAACUGACACCAGACUUCGAAAGGAGAUCAAGGACCUGGAGGAAGGGAGAUUGGAACAUGUGGAAGAAGCAGUCAAGAAACGUGCGGAGGUGAGUUUAAUCUAUAAAGCAUGAUGUUAAGCUAUAAAGUAUAUACCUGGGAAAGCUCAGCUGAUGUCAUUCCUCAUAUUAAAGCCCGUUCCGUCAGUUUUUAUAUGUUUGUGAAUUUACAAAGUAUAAAACACAACUUUGUGCAAAAAUUUAGAGCAAACUGUCUACAACAACAUAGGCGGAUGCAUAGGGAAAUAUUAUUGUAAUUUGAAAACUACCGAACUAUUCUCUGUCUUAGAUAGUAAAUCAAAGAGUACUUUUUUAACUUUUAAACGCAUAUAAAUUUACAGUGCAUCAAGACCAAGUUUACGCAAAAUGUCAAAGAUAAUAUACUAUAAUAUAAACGACAGCUGAUGCUAGGGCGAAAUUUCAUUGUAAGAUGUAAACCUGCAUAAUAAAAUGUGAAAAGAUAAAACAUUUUUUUAUAUUUUGUACAGAUUUUUAAUUAAAGUACAAUUUCAGACAGCGCAACUACGAUUACAAAGGUAUCAACCAUUGUGGUUCCAACCCCAGAACGAUACCACCGGUAAAACCUUCUUCUUGCCAAACGGAAGAUACUGGUCAUCCAAAAUGAACAAAUUUGACGACCCAAUCAGCAAAACCUGGAUGUUGCCCAUCGACAUGACCAAAUGA